AUGUUUCUCUCUCUCUCUCUCUCAUCGAUGUGGCUGUGGAUACUCUGUUGGCAGGGCGAUAGACAAGUCAGGGAUGUGACGUUUGAAUGGAAUGCCUCAGCCUUUGAUUUGUCUCACGUGCUGGCUUUAGGGGCAAGCAUGGGGUUAAUUGAAUUGAGGGUUGAAUUCACUUGUGCGCCUGCAGCACUAAUAAAUUUCUUUGUGUAGAUUCACCACCUCUCUCAUGCCCAGUCAGACCUACAGCAAUACACUUCCCCACCGAACAAAGCUAGUGCUGGAAGGGCUCAAGGCAUCAUCUGCUCUACAACCACCGGGCAACAUGCAUGGAAGGCAUUAAUGUAGUUAUUCAAAGGUCCUUGUGAAGAUGGGGUGGGUUAUGCACCUGCAGACCCCACAGCUGCAGGGAAGCCCUUUGAUGAAGGGUGUAUCGGAAGGCUUGCCUUGGCCGCGAUUUGGCGAUUCCCUGCAGGUACAUCUCUGAAUUGGCGUCUGCUACAACACACAGUCAAUACUGUGAGACCCUUGCUUCCGGGCCCUGCGAGACCCUGCCACAGAUGUCUUUCCCACCAAGCCAAUCUGUAGUCCGCGUAAUCUCACAACAUGUUUUACUUAGAAGUGCAGGCAUCAGAAUCAUGCAAUGCUUGUAAAAGGUUUAAUCUCGGUGCCCAGAUAUGCACAGUGCAGCUCACGGUCAAAUCUCGUUCACUCAUCCAUCCCUGAGAUUUCGUUCUCAAGUGCAUGCUGCGAGGUGUACUUGUGUCCUGUAAGGUGUGUUAUAGCC